AGCUAAAUGCAGCAUUGUUUUGUCGUUUUCUAUAAUCGCACCAGCAUGUCGGGACCCUCGUUUCAGUUUCUUUCGUCAUUCUUGCCUUCAUUCAAGCAGAUAGCGGUGAUCUUGCGGCAGGUCCCAGCGGAAGAUCGGGAAAGAACAGGACCGGCUCGUCGUUUUAUUGAAACUGUCGGAGUCGGUGUUCUUGCUUGUGCGGAGAUGGAGAACCAAUGGAUGCACCGGGCCACGACCGCGAUUGAAGCUAGGUGACCACAGAUGCAUGUUGUACUGUCCGCUGUGUACUAGCUUGUGUACGACGAGGACGUAACUGAUCGGCAAAGUUCGCGACCUUGGAGCUGCUGCUAUGUCUUCAACGGUCGUUAGCGUACAGAAGUGUGAAUUUGCAGUGAAUUUGUAUUGCAUGACUUGCAUUUACUUAAAAGAGAAGAGCGCUACGUAUUAGACACACGAGCCCAAGCAUACCACAUAGCCUGAAGGGCUGCUCGUCGCGUGGUGGCGCUUGCAGCACCAAAAGAGGUGGUCUUGCGGGGGCUCGCCGGGCUGUGUAGUGCGUAUCUAGCGACCAGAGAAGGUGGGUCCUCGGGGGGCUCUUAUUCUUCUGCGCGUCUGCCUCAGAAGUUCCUCUCCGAAAUGGUCGAAAGGGAGGGCGACGCCUGAACACAGGGGCACUAGUUCAACAUGUAUGCUCUCACGAGUUGUGGUUGGCUCGGCUUGGACUUGGAUAUCUGGGAGCAGCCUCGGGUGGAAGGGGAGGCACGAUUCGGCCGCGGACACUAGCUUGCUUCGCCUGCUGUGCUCUGCUCACAACUCCCUACGUGUCUUUUUGCCUCCGGAGCAAGUCUUAUUCGACGUGAUCCCCAGGUCAAGAAUUCCCUUGGUGAAUUUUGGGACUUUUUGUUUUGGCGACACUUUGUUGAAGCCCCAAAACGCGCUAGCGAAUUUUGAAAAAGAGCCGGAGGACAAAACUCACCGGCGUCCUUUUCAAAAUUCACCCCAAAAUUCACCGAGCGCCACUUUUCGACCGUGAUAAGCAAAGUUUAGCGCAGAAAAGUGCUCAAAAAAACGCACAAGUAGACCCUGGGAAGUGGGGCCGAGGGGAAAAGACAGGCGCCCGCUGUUGCCCUAAGCGCCUCUAUAUUCUGCCGAAAAGGCCUGGAGAGUUCACGCGCCUGCCGGAUAGACGCGUCAAAGCUCUCGGCCGGGUCCUUUCGCCUUUGCUGGACGUAACUGAUCGGCAAAGUUCACGACCUUGGAGCUGCUGCAGUAGGAGGGCCGCCAUGGUGAGCAACGCAACCGGGGGCAAUAUGAGCAGUCCGUUCGGAGGAGGUUCGGGAGCAGGGGCACUUUUGCCGAGCCACCACGACUUGCACAGCCCGGUCGUUCACCACCUCCCUCGGCAGCACCAGAAUAAGAUCGAUGAGGAGCACCACGAGGCGAAUGAGCAGUGUGUGCUCCUUGGGAAAUUCGGCAGUCUUGGUUGGUGGCUGCAGGUGCUUUUGCUGGUUGUGUGUUUUGUAUCCACAGUAAAUUUUCCGUACACGUACAAAUGCGGUCUUUGCAUGACAAAAAUGGGCCCUACCCAGAUAGCAACAAAUGCUCUCGCCGCAGCAGUCCCAGGAGCCUUUAUUUUGUUGUUGUCUCUCGGUAGUGAUCACUUUGUCCAAACUUAUUCUACCUAGAGUUUGUCGAGUAAGUCAGUGGCUACCGUUUUAAGUUUUAGAGAACGACAGGGACGCCCAGCCCUUAGCUUCCCAACAUGACAAAAAUGGGCCUCGAUCCUAGUUUAGCAUGACAAGUGUUGCGUUUCCAAAGAUAGUGAAAUUUGUGAUGCGUUUUGUACAUGUACAGGAAAUUUGUAUUGCAUAUUUUGUCUCCCUGAUCUACAAGAGGUUCACCGACCCGGUGAGGAGAAGCUGGACCAUCUGGUUUCUGGAUACCAGUAAGCAGGUAAUAGGUACUAGUACUAGGAGCACUUAUCAUAGUACCGCUUUGGAACAAAUCGAAGAUGAGCCUUUUUGCAUCUUCACAAAUCGUGACGCACGAUCAGGAGCAGCUACAACAGCGUCAACCACUGAGAUGAAUUCAAAUUUCAGUCUUCUUGCAUUAUUUAGUUGUUGACGUCGACGAACAACAACAAGCACAAGGCUCCUCCUUGAGCAAAAAUGAAAACAACAUGCUUACAAAUCGCUACAGGGCGUCGCCGCCUGCGUUGUCCACGGACUCAACAUUGCCUUGUCGAAGCUGUUUGCUUUCCUUUCCACCACACCGAACUCCGAUGCCUGCAAUUGGUACUGGCUGAACUUGAUGCUGGACUGCACGCUGGGCGUCCUAGUCACGUUUCUCUGCCUCCGCAUUCUCUGCCGCGUCUACACCUCGGUCAGACUCGCGCUCUAUGCAAUGCAAAAGUAUCGUACUAGUAUGUAUUGCUAUUGCAUUACAAAUUAGCCCAGCAUUACAAAUUGAAUUUGUAAUGCUGAUUUCCCUUGAGAAAGAGAUUUGUAAUGCAUAAAUGCAAUUAGAAUUACUACGAGUACGAUACUUUUGCACAGGAUACGCUCUACUGCCCGACGAAAGUGGCGAACUUCACCUACCGCCCGGAAUUAUGAAAUGCAAAAGCAUCGCACUAGUAUAAAUCGCAUGACAAAUUUCCUCAGCAUGAAAAAUGGAACUUGUAAUGCGGAUUUAGGUUAAGCUUAAGAGGGUAAUGCAUGACUGCGAUUACUACGGGCACGAUACUUUUGCACAGGAUAGGAACUCGCGAGAAUUGGCGACUACGGAGACCCGAUCGACUACAAGAUUUACAAACGGCAACUGUUAGACUACCAGUUGAUCAUUAUCUUCAGCAAGAUCGUGGUCUUGAUCUUCGUGCAGGUCUUCUCGGAUGUGUUGCUGUCGAUCUCCGGCUUCAUUUUGGGAAUCUUCACGCCCUAUCCAAGGGCGAAGCUGGUGUUUGUCAUGGUGAUUUAUCCAGGAAAAAACACCCAUCCCAAUCCAUUUUUUGCAUGACAAACACAGCAAAUUAUGCAUGUUUUGCAUGACAAAUUGGAUGGGGAUGGGUGCUUUUUCGUGGAUAUGAUUUGCCCCAUCGUGAUGAGCUGCUUGGCGUUGUGGGUGACCGACAACUUUUUGCAGUUUUACAAUGAUUCGUUUGGCGACGUCGUCCGGGAGGAGCAGGAACUGGCCGAGAACGAAUUGAAGGUAGACGAAAUGGGAGGUGUGCAGCUUGACACGACGAUGCAUGGGAGCAGUAGAAGUACACCAGAGGGACGAGGAGGACCCCCACACGGUCGUGGCCUUGCACGCGGCGCCGGUGGAGUUGUGCAGCACCAUGCUAUGGAUGAUUUUGUCGGCAUCGGGGCUGCCAGUGCCAGCAGUAGCGGCCGCCCGUCGCGACCAUUGACGCCACAGAAACAAAAAGUUUUGGAUAUCCACCAAGCGGAUCACCUUCACGGCUUUAUUUCACCUGCUGGAGACCAAUUUGUUUAUCAGGACAACGAUGUCAGCAUAGAAGAUGCCGAUGACGAUCUAUCUUCACCCGAUUACAGAACCACAGCAAGAAGCAACAGAAACGGCACAACCGGGAAGAAGACGAGUGCAUCUUCUAGCACGACCUCUUCGCGCCUCUACAACCAAAUAGCAAGGCGGAAGAGCGACAGGGAUUUGACGCUGAACGUAAAGCCAAGGCAAAACGCUGCUAAUUCCUUCGCAGCAAACGUGAUAGGUGGGGCCAGAACCAUGCUAGGAGGCGGCGGAGGUCGGAACAAUGAUAAUAGGGCCACAUCGUCAACAUCGGCUGCAGCGACCUCUAGUUCGCUCGCCUUGGGAGUUGCGGGACGAGAUGUGGCGGUGGCCAACAUGGUUGCAGCUACACCGGGCGGAGGAGCUUCUUCGUCCUCAUCAACUUCAAUUUCGAGCAAAAAAGCUGGUACUAGUACGAAAACAGGAAGACAAGCAGCGAGCGCCACGUCAUCAUCAAGUGGUUUGAAAGCUUCUUCCUCGGGCUCCGUUCUUAUGGACCAUGUGGUAGUCGACGGUCAUAUCGAAGAUGAAGAAGAAGAUCAACCUCAGCUCGCAGUGGAGACUCAGCUCUACAACUCCAAGACGACAUCGUCCUCUGGUGAGAGCCGUAUAAUAGGACGCGGAGUCGUGUCGACGUCUGCUGCGGUAAAAACCUCCGCAGCGGUCGCUGGUCCUGCUAGCGGACUCCUUGUUCAACAUGGAGGGUACCAGCACUUCCAGUCUGAGGAGGAGGAUCUUCGGGCCGGUACUUCUACUUCCACAGCGAGGACUACAACGGGAGUGGAUUGACGCGAGAACCACACGAGAGGGGCUGCGUGAAAAUCCCCUUCUGUGAUGAAGGUUGUCGUAGCGUGCCUACUACUAUUCGGAAAUUCGAACAGUGCUUGUUUUAUUCUCUCUCAUGAUGUUCAACACGUACAUGAUGUCUUGGCUUGACUUGCUCUUGCGCGUAUUAAAACAGCUAGAACUUAAGCAGCGUCUGUAGCUGCAGCUUCCUGUCCUGUUUUUUCGGGCAGGCACCAUUGUAAAUGCAUGAACGUCCACCAGAC